AUCCAAGCCUAAAUUGGGCAGCUUCCAUGACCAGUGUCUGUAGGGCCUUUGGGGGUACAGAUAUACACAAUACUCUGAAUAAUUUCAAGGCGAAAGGUUUUGGGCCAAAAAAAAAAAAGAGGAAAACAAAAUUGGGUGAUGAGAUGAACAGGCCUCACUGAAGAGGUGGUUUCUGAGCUAGUGGACCACAGGGCUAGCUGGGGGACAGAGCAAAGAGGAAGCAGGGGCAGUGCAAAGGCCCUGAGGGGGGAACAAGCCUGCCACUGCUGAGGAACUUCAAGGAGUGACUGACCGGUUGGGGGGCUUUUAGUAGGUAGAGCUCAUGGCCUUGCUUUCCCCCAGGUGGGGUCAUGGGGCCACUGUCAGGCCCCUGCAUUCUUCAGUCCCUGUGGGGCCCACCUGUGCAUGCAGAGAGCAGUUAAGUAAUUGCCCAGCUGAGCCCUGUGUAUCUGUUCUCACCCAACACCGCCAGGGGAGAAAUACCCACUGUUGUUGCCAAUCUCUGGCAGGCUGUCAGAGAAAGCCCAUCUUUUACCCAAGAUUGCAAAAUGGGUAGCGGCUCUGCUAACCACACAGCGUGGGCUACUCUUGGGGGAGGGCACUCUGAAGCACUCAGCUCUGGCUACCUGCUCCCCCAGGACCCCAGCACAGCUGCUGGGAGAAGGGGGAUUACAGGGCUGGCAUGUACGGGGCGUUCUUCCCCUGCAUUGUGGGGUAUUGUUGUGGGCCAGCGAGGAGACCCUGCGCCCUGCGCACAUACACAGCUCUUGAGCACCUGCCUUGAUGGAGGCAUGCCCUUGGGUAGACAGCCCAGGCAGGCCGUGUGGGUCACUCUACCCCAGGGCUGAGCUGCCCGACCUAAACAUAGCCCCUCCGGCUGAGCUCAGACCUAUUUUAAGCUUAGAAAGGGCGGUGGCUAGACCUCCCCCUGGCUCUCACAGGAUUCACUGCUGCCAGUGUCCCUUCUCUACCCGGCCCAUCACUGGUUCUGACUGCCCACCAUCCAGCAUGCCUGAGGAGGUCCAGGAAGAUGCCGUGGCCGCUUCGCUGAGCCCCCGGAGCAGGGUGGGCCUGGCCCCCAACCACAUGCAGCAGGUCCGCCUACACCGCGUGGAGUCCAUCAGUGACCUGCACAGUGGAGGCCCCCUGCGCCCACAUCUUGUCGAGGAGGUACGGCCCUGGGAGGACUUCCUGGUGGUGCUGCCGCCGUCCCUGUGUGCCCAGGCCGGCUGCGGCCUGGUGCCUGGCCGCUGUGGGGCCUUCCUGCUGCUGCUGGCGGUGCUGGUGCUCACGUGCCUGGCCUUGGCCAUCCUGGCUGUCUACCUGAGUGUCCUGCAGAGUGAAUCCCUGCGGGUCUUGGCGCACACAUUGAGGACCCAAGAGGAGACACUACUCAAACUCCGGCUUGCCAGUCUCAGCCAGCUUCGGAGGCUCAACCUGAGUGAGGCCCAGGCACCCAGCUGAGGGCAGGUCUAGCCAAGCCUUCUGGUGCCAUGGAUCCUGGCUUGGGUGGCCCAAGGUCGGAGGAAGGGGCACCAGCCUCCUGGCUCUUCCUGUCUCCUGUCAGCACCCUCUGCCACCCCCAGGCAGCAGGUUCAAGAAGGCCAGGAAUAGCUGCCUGCUACCCACAUUCCAGCCACCGACUCUGCCAGGCCUCCCAGGGGGUCCAGAGGCUUCUUGGGGCAAGGCUGCCUUGGAGGGCAGAGGUGACAGGGAGAACUGGCCGGGGCAGCGGAGCAGGAGGGACAGACAGACAGAGAAGCUAGGUCCACAGAUGACAGUGUCCUGUUGCACUGGGAUAACCCUUAAAGACCAGCAACCGCAACCCCCCCCCCCCCGCUGUGGGGCUUGUCCAGAGACACCCCCCACCCCAGUGGGUUUCGGCCGAGAAGGGGAGGGGACAGUUUCUCACACCCUAACGCCCGCCCUCCAACCCUGGGGCAGGCACACAUCUGGCGGGCCUAAGCUGAGCCUCCUGGAGGGGACAGGGCUGAGGGCAGAGACAACUGGCCAGGGUCCCAUGUAGCCUGGCUGCCAGUCCUCCCUCCUCCCUGGUCUGCGCGUCUGUUUUGGCUUUGUCAUUAAAAAAAAUAAAGCGGCAGUUACUGGUGGGGGCCA